AUACUAGCACCAAACACUCACCCAAAGUGCCGGUUCAUGAAUAAAGCCGUAUCAUUGACUGCAUACGAGUGGGGGCGAAAGAGAGCGCGCGUAACCUAGGUCCUCAGUGCGAAGUGAGAGGCGCGCGCGUCGAACGUACGACCGACUACGCCUCCUCACAUACGAACUCGCGAAAACCAACUCUAAAAGUUAAACAUAAAGUGCAUAUUCGAGUGUAGUGUCCAGUGAAUUUCUAGUGUGAAAUGAGUGAAGAAAACGCAAUGGGAGACGAUUUGAAAAGACAAGCGGCGAUGUUCUAUAAUACUACGGAAAGAGAGCGAUCACAAGAGCACCAAGCGACAUGGUGCUUCUGGCGUCGGCGGAGGCUCAUCGUGGCUCUGCUGGCGUUCUUCGGGUUUUUCAAUGUCUACGCGUUACGCGUCAACUUGUCCGUCGCCGUCGUCGCCAUGACAGAGCCGGUAGAGACCAAGCUGGAGAACGGGACAGUUGUGUUUAUACCAGAGUUUGACUGGAGCUCCCAAACCAAGGGUCUGGUGCUGUCAUCAUUCUUCUACGGGUACCUGGUGACGCAGCUGCCCGGCGGCUGGCUGGCGGCUAAAAUAGGAGGUAACAGAAUGUUCGCCAUUGGGAUAGGCGCGACGUCGCUACUAACGUUGUUCACUCCCCCGCUGGCACAUACCAGCACCUCACUGCUUAUCGCCGUGAGGGUAGUCGAGGGACUCUUCGAGGGUGUAACUUACCCGUGCAUCCACGCAGUGUGGUCCCGCUGGGCGCCAAGCGAAGAGCGAGCUCGACUAGCCACGUUCGCCUUCAGCGGGAGCUACGCGGGCACCGUGGUGUCCAUGCCGAUAUGUUCGCUACUGGCACACUAUACGGGCUGGCCUGGAAUAUUCUACGUGUUCGGUAUAAUGGGACUGGUGUGGACAACAGUUUGGUGGUUGGUGGUAAAAGAGUCCCCAGAAAAGGACCCCCGGAUAUCGCCAGCUGAAUUAAAAUAUAUACAGGACUCACGAGGGACGCAAGCUAUCGAAGGGUCCAAAAUUAAGCAUCCGUGGCGGGCCAUGCUGACCUCAGGGCCAGUUUGGGCCAUAGUCAUGGCCCAUUUCAGUGAAAACUGGGGUUUCUACACUCUGCUCACAUUCCUGCCUACGUUUAUGCAAGAUGUGUUCAAGUUCGAGACAUCGGCGACUGGCUGGCUAUCGGCGGUGCCGUACCUCGCGAUGGCUAUAGUUCUACAGGUGGCGGGUCAUCUUGCGGACUGGGUGCUGACCAAAGGGUACAUGUCGCGCACUAAUGUCAGAAAACUAUUCAACUGCGGCGCUUUUCUUGCACAGACGAUUUUCAUGGUGGCGGCCUCAUACGCGUCGACGGUGACAGGAUGCUUGGUCUACCUCACCAUCGCUGUAGGUCUGGGCGGCUUCGCUUGGUCAGGCUUCAGCGUAAACCAUUUGGACAUAGCUCCGCUACACGCCAGCGUGCUGAUGGGCCUCUCCAACACCGUGGCGACAUUGCCCGGGAUCAUAAGUCCGCCUCUCGCCGGCUCCAUCGUCACUGACAAGUCAGCGGAGCAAUGGCGCGUCGUAUUCUUCAUAUCCAGCGCCAUCUAUCUGCUCGGCGCGAUAGUUUAUGGCUUCCUGUGCUCCGCCGAGCGGCAGCCGUGGGUACUAGAGUGUGAAGACCCUAGUUUUGACACAGAUGGCGCCUCCGUCACCACUGCGAAAGGCUACGAUAAUAAGGCCAUGGACCAUAGCGAAAUGUAGCUCAAUAACCAUAUUUGAUGUACGGAAUUUGGUCGUAAUCACAAAAAAACAACUGUUCUGAUCCGUCUUCACCACUUAGGGCUACUUGCAGCAUUCACUAACCCGGAGUUAACCGGUUAAACCUGGAUUUACCAUGGUUACCACUGCAUGGUUACAGUACAUGGUGGUCAGUACCAAUUGACACUGGGUUAACAGUUUAACCGGUUAAACCCGGGUUAGUGGGAUGGUGCAAGUGGCGCUUAGAUGUUUGGCAGUUCUCAACUGUGCGUUUCUCCAGAAACUUCCCGCCUCGCACAUGUAAAACGAGAAAAUAUGAAUAAAGAGAUUUAAUAUCAAUACAAAGUCAAGCACCUCAACAUCUUUUCGCUUUGUCAGUGGCGCCAUCUAGAACAAGGUUUUACAAAAGAUUAGAGUAGGACCACAGAAUAAAUAAUAGUACUCGGUACAGAAGACUCACUCUCUAACAAAACGCGUCUGUUACGAUCAGCACAGAUAUGGCCGCUAGGUGGCGACAGCGCCACGCGCGGCUUAUGGCAAACCCCAAAAUUGGGGCCGAACGGAUGUACUUUUAGCUACCUGUAGCAAAGCGACGAAAUCGCGGAGUGAGCCACGCCUGGUAGGACUGUUAACUCAGCAUGACAUUUGCAUAAGGAAUAAGUAAUGAUAAAACAAAAAAAAAUCGAUCUUACUGCUUUUGUAAAAAAAUUAUAAAUGUAUUCAUGUAUGUGAAAUAUUUAUAUACAUUUUAAAUAUUAAAUAUACAUUUUAGCACACUGGGGCUUACGAACAUUAAGAUUAAUUAACAAUGUAUGUUACUUAAGUAAAACAACAUUCCAUUUUACUGUUUAGCUUUAAUUUUUACAAAGAGUUAUUGAUUGUAGAAGAGUUGCAAUUUCCAAGAAACUUUAUUUGAUAUAGAUGGCGCUGUACGGCGCCGUACAUCAUGCGGCAACUCUGGUUGUCAAAAGUUUAAGUUUGACACAUCCAUUUGCCACAAAACAUGGUGCCGCACGGCGCCAUCUGCUUCAGCUGUCAAACGUUCACAAUUAUUUUUUUAGAUUAGAGAUUAGACUACUCUUUUGCAAUAUUUCAACUCUGAUUUUUGUAUUCCUUUUAUUGUAGUUUAAUUUAAGUUGACAUAAGUCUCAAGUCUGGUUCCUAUUUUACUAAACUAACACUUAUAAUUAUUUCCGUCCCAUCAAAAUGUGUCGUUGUGAGGCAAAAGGUAUCACUGCAAUGACAAACCGUUCUUAUUGACAACUAACAAGGGGGUGCCUUUUGCCUGGAAACAAUUAUAGGUAUUUUUAUAUUGAAUGUUAUUGAAGUUCAGCUAAAUAUAGCAUUUUAAAUUUUUCACUGACCACUGACGCCUUGGAAUUUUAAAUGUGGCGCCAUCUAUGUACAGAAAUAAGAAAUGCAACUUUGUACGGUAAUUAAGAGUCGAAAUUUGUUUACUUAUCUCUGGGGGCCUACCGCGAACCACAUUCGACGUGUUGCGUCUCUAUCGCACUUGUAAAUUCAUACGUAAGUGUGACAGGGAGGCAACACGUCGAACGUGGUUCGCGGUAGGCCCUCUGAUUUCGCUAUUUGUUACAGAUGUAGUGCAUAAUUAUUUUCCAUCGUAUUUUCACGGAAACGUACGAAUGUGUCUUGCUAUUUCAGUCAGUCUCAGUGCAAAAAGUACUGAGGUUGGCUGAAGUAGCAUGACAAAUACGAACGUUUCCGAGAAAAUACGAUGGAAAACAAUCAUGCUCUACAUCUGUAUUGACUUUUAUAGAAAUUAUUUUUAAUGGAAUGAAGUAUGGAAAUAAUCACACUGCUGGUUUUGUGAAAGCUUGUAACUACCUAAUAACAAGCGGAAAUCUCUUUCUAAUAAAAUGAGUUAAAAAGAGAAGUCCGCUUGUAUUCAAGAAACGGGCCCAGCGUAAGUUCAGAUAUAUAGUAACGACGCAGCAACAAGAAUUUCAUACCUGUUCCUAUCUCUAUCACACGCAAAUAAUUAUAUUGCUGUACCGCUCGCACAGUGUCAUUGACCGCCGUCAUCAUGGGCGAGACAGCAAUUUACCUAACUAAGCGCGUGCGAUAGAGAUAGGAACAGGCGGGUUAAUGUACGAAAUUAUUCGUGCUUCGCGUCCUAACUUUAGACACUCCAAUGAUCUGUAUAUAAAUUUAAAUGUGAUAAUUUGUAAGAAUAUAAUUAUGUCAAGUGUAAUGGAAAUGGAAAUACAUAUUAUUGAUGUAAAUAAUUUUGUGUGCCGUGCGUUGAGAAAUAUAAGAAUUAUAUGGAA